AUGAUGUCGAUCAAGGCAGACAUGAGCAACUAUGCCAUACGUCUUGGCAUCCUGGAAAUGCUGCGCUAUGUUGUGAACUGGCUGUUGAGUGGUUACGUCUUCCUGGCAUCUCCGUCUUCGCUCCGUGGGACUAAGCAGCAGCCCCUUCCGACCGGGUUUGCGCUGCUCAUGCUGCCCAUAGCUUUGUUGAUGCUCCUGCUGACCCUCAUCCCAGGAGUCCUUCUGCUUUUUGCGCCGGGGCCAUACCGUGAGGAUCGAUUUCCGGGCUGGAACCUUGAGCUGCUCUUCAAAAGGAGGUCUUUCGUGCUUCUCUUCUUGAGCGAAUGUGCAGGAAACUUAGCACUGUUUCCGGGGACUUGUUACAUCAGUUGGUGGCUCUCGAACGGCUGGAGUAGUAUCGAGCUCUCAGGCCUAAGCGUUCUUUUUGCGUUCUUGCUGGCCUUUGGAACUUUCCUGUGGGCAGCAGCUUUGAGCCGGGCUUCUAUCCAUGGCUUGUCCUUCUUGGUUGGAGUCGCUGUCAUGUUGGCCCCGGCGACGAUCCUGAGAAGCGUAGUCCAAGACGAAGUUGCAACGAUCACCAGCCUGGGGCGCUCAGAGGCCGCGCUGAUCAUCAGCGUCCUCAGCCUGUUCUUUGAGGGUGUUCGAUCUUCAGCUUUGUGGACAGCGAAAAUCCGCAUCCUGAACUCCAGAUGGCGUCUUCUAAGCUACGGCACGAUCCUUCAAAGCUGCAGCCACUUCUGUGCCUUCCUGUCGCCCUUUGUGUGUGAGUUUCUCGCCAGGCAGCAUGGCGUGACGUUCAUCACGCGCAAUCAGAAGGAGCUGGCAGAUGCAAUGAUCCUGUCAGGCGUCCCUUUGGGCUUGGUGCAGUUCUUUCUGCAGGUCGUCAUCGCCCCAUUCCUCAAGAAGGACAUGGGCAUUUCUGUAGGAGCCGAACGGAGCUCGAGGAGCGUGCUGCGAAAAUUUCGGAAGGGCACCUCAGUGUUUGCGUUUACCACCUUCGCAGGUGCAGGCCUGGCCCUUUGUGUGCUCAUGGGCACCUUCCUGAAGAUACAGAUGCCCGUCAGCAGAAUUGCUCGAUGCGAGAUUCCUCACCCGACAAACUGCACCGUGCUGGUGGAUGAGAUUGAUGCACAGGAGGCUGUCUUCGGCCAGCAUUAUGGCCUCAAUCGCUUCCGCCAAAACACCACAGGCAUGUACAAUUGCUUGAGCCGCAUGAGAGCUGUUGGAGGAGACACGUUCAGGUUCUGGGAGUUCGGGAGAUGCGAGGUGCAACAUUGCGGAAGUACCUCGGCGCUGCAGGGCGAUAAGCCGGCCGCCACAGGUCAAGGACCUCUCGAUGCCUUUGACCUUUGGUCCCACUACUGUGAUAUGUGCGGCCCUUUUUACCAGAUGCUGUUCGCAUUUCGUCCCCACACCCUGAGGCCUUGUGUGUCCCAUGUCAACCGUGAUUUGCACGUGGCUGCUACUAGUAGUUGCAGCACGAAGGUUUUUUCGACAGAUUCACGAGUUGCAGGAAGCAAACAUCGGAAAGAUUUCCUACGGUAA